UCCAGCAUUGUUAACUUUGUCCAGCUGAAGUAAAUAUAAGUGAGCAAAGACGAAAUAGUAAAAAUUUAACCCUGCUCCCUGCAGCCAAAUGCCUACUGCCAUAGCAGCAGGAAUGAGACAGACACAGAAGCCAAGUGAUAACACAGACACUCAGUGCACUGGACAACCAGCUCCUGAGCAAGAGAUGACCGGCUUCCUAUCAGACCUGGUACAAUACCAGGGACUCUUCCGAAUGGUCAUUGUCCUGGGAAUAGGUGGAACAUUCCAAAUUGGCUUUCAAAUUUCCACAAUCACCUACGUGAGUCAGCAUGUUAAGGCUUUCAUUAAUGAAACCUGGCUGGAGCGAUACGGCUACCCCAUCCAUCAGGAUAACCUCUUGUUCCUGUGGUCUCUCAUCGUGUCCAUCCUUGGUAUAGGAGGUCUCUUGGGUGCUUCAGGAAGUAGAUACCUGACUGUCAAGUAUGGCAAAAAAAAAUGCCUCCUGUGCAACAAUCUAUUAAUGAUAACUGCAGCAUCUAUCAUGGGCUGCAGCAAAAUGUCCAAGUCCUUCGAGAUGAUUCUCAUUGGACGCUUCCUAUGUGGUGUAAGUGUAGGCUUUUCUACUCCUCUGCAUCAUCAGUAUGUUGGGGAAAUUUCCCCUAGGAAGCUACGUGGAUUUGCAAACUCUACUGCCUCUUUCUUUUGGUCACUGGGAAAAGCCGUAGGGCAAAUUGCAGGACAAAGGGAGCUGCUGGGCAGCCAGUCCCGGUGGCCCAUGCUGAUGGCCUCCUGUGGAAUUCCUGCACUGGUCCAGCUGUUCACUCUGCCCUUCUUCCCUGAAUCCCCGCCAUAUCUCCUCAUGCAUAAAGGAGACCAGGAAGGCUGCAAGAAAGCCAUAAGGCAGCUUUGGGGUGAAGGCCAUCACCAAGCAGAGAUUGAUGACAUCAUGAAAGAGAAGGCAACAGUGAAAAACAUCAAGAUCUUGAGUGUCCUGGAGCUAAUGAAAGAACCAGCUAUCCGCUGGCAGCUGUACAUGAUAAUUAUUCUGACCGCCUCAGUUCAGCUGUGUGGCAUCAAUGCAAUUUAUUUUUAUACUUUUGAAGUCCUCCAGGCAGCUGGCUUUGAGGAAAGAAUGGUCUACUAUAUGACCCUCUCUAUCGGACUUGCAGAACUCUUAGCCACUGUAGUGUGUAGCUCCAUCAUUGAGCGACUGGGCAGGAAAACACUCAUAAGAGGAGGCUACUUCAUCAUGGGUUCACUGCUAGCUGUAAUCACAGUGACCCUCUCCCUACAGGAUUGGUAUUUCUGGAUGCCAUACUGCAGCCUCUGUCUGAUUAUCUUAUUUGUAGUUGUCUUUGGGCUUGGGCCAGGUGGCGCCACAGUUUCCAUGAGGGUUGAAAUUUUCAACCUGUCCUGUAGACCACCCGCCUUUGUGAUCAGUUCAGUUUUCAAUUGGCUGGGUGUCUUUGUGAUUGGAACAACCUUCCCAUUCAUUGUGGAAGGACUCAAGCACUUCUGUUUCCUCAUCUUUAUAGGGGUACUUUUCUCUUCAGCAACAUUUUUCCACCUGUUCCUUCCAGAAACAAAAGGGAAGUCAAUUGUGGAAAUAACAGAAGAGUUUGAUAAGCUAAACUUCAGAAAGAAGCAUGUUCCAGCAACUCCAAACCAUGUCAUGGAGGAGGGUUACACCUUCUGCACCAGGCUGUGACUGGCUGGUACAGAGGUAGCAAGCAUUCUUAAAAGGAAGAAAGAAAAGACAUUUGUUGUUCUCUGGUUUGCAUGUUGGUCAAAUGGACUAUCAGCUUUUAUUAUCCAUCACCUACGAGGCUUUUCUUUUGCCAAAACAGCACGGUUCUAAAGCACUCCACUCUGGGCAGCUUAGAAAAGGGAUGAUGGCUUAUAUUAGCGGAAUAGACUCGUCUAACUCAUGCACAUCUUGGCUCAACUUGCUGAUGUGUAAAUCUCUUCUAUAAUGGAGCAAUUAAUACACACUGAAACUGCAUGUAGAAUUUCUAAACAUUCUGCUGACCACACAGAAAAGGAAGACUCAUGGUCCCUUCUCUCUCUCUGAGUCAUGAGUUUGUAUUUACAACCCUGAAAUAGCAAUAGUAAAGUUCUUGGCUUGCUAUCUCUGGCUAGAUUUCAAUUCACAACAGAUUAAAGAAAAAGAAAUAACAGAAUAGGACAGAGUCUUUGUUUCUUUAGACUGAACAACCACUUCUUUCCAGAUUCCUGUACUUAAUGCCACAAUUUCCUUCUGUUAUCAGACUUUCACUCUAGUUUGUCAAAAUUCAGAGCUUUUGGAUUUUAAACUUUCGAUAUCAGCAGCUCUCCUUGCUGAGAAUUGCAUUGAAUUAUUUUAUUUAAAAUUUAAAAAAAAGAAAGAAAAUCCAUCACUUGAUUCUAAAAUCAGAUUUAUUCACGAAAUGGAUAAAGAAUGAGUAAAAAAAUUCCUAUACAGCUUUAUUUGUUUCAGUGGCAAUACAGUGGAGCUGAUGAAGUCACAGAUGGAAACCCACUGUCAGAAAACAGAAGCACAGGGAGUCCUUUCAGAUACUCAGUGCUAUCGCCCCAUCAGCAGCAUCACUCUAAGCCUGUUGCUACCCCUCCAGGAUCAGAGUGCCCACAAUUACCUUGAGGGCAGUGAAACACAGAACAAUAUGCAGCGGAGUGCAAUACGCAAAGUAAAAUCUACACCCUAGAUGUGUGUAAAAUAAAUGUUCCUUUUUAUCUCUGAUACUGCUUUGACUGGUGUGUUUACUUCAACUCCAAUGUUGGCUAUUCAAAAUACGAAUUCUGCCGUUCAUCUUAGCUG